CGUUUCAGCAACCAACAUACACAAUUUAACAUCCAGGAACUGGCAUGUCUCUGGCAGUCCGUUCGCUGCAGUGUUGGACAAACCCGACUUUUAUUAAAUGACAAAUCCUUUUCUAAUCGCCUGUUUCUGUAUUUAUAAGGUUGACGGAGAACCUGCCGCCGCUUCGGCAGAUAUUUUCUGUCGGCAUGAAUCUCGGAGAUGGCCUGCUGUUUGAACUUGAGAAUGGGAAACCUAGGUUAAUUUUGCUCAGUCAUGGUGUUGACAAAAAUCCAGCAAAGCAGCUGUCCUUCAAGCCCAGAGCGGCAAACAUCCUGAGCUCCAGGCAGCCCUCCUGUGUGGAGGAGUUGCGGGGAGAGGAGCGCCCAGCCCGACAGCAGGCAGGGAGACACAGAGAGGCCAGGAACAAGGCAGGAGGAGCAGCUGCCUCCCUCAACACCACUACCACUGGAGGGAGGAGCACCACUUUGAUAUCCUCCAGGACACAUGAGCAGCACAAUGGAGGCGGCAACAAAGCUGUGGCCAAGGUGAAGUCAGCCAAACACAAACACAGCUCCACUGUUGGAUCCUUGAGAGCCAAUGAGAAAACAGGACAACCCCAGAGCAGUGGGACACGAGCCGGUGGAAAGCUAGGACUAAAGGACACGCUGGCCAGUGGGGACUCAGGACUGAAGGACAACAUGGUGGUCCUGACCACUGAGCAGCUGCAGCGAAUCCUCAACACGGUCCAGACCUCCAGCAAUGUUCAGCACCCACCAGAAGACCACAGGACGCAGGGCUCAAAAGCUGGCACCUCCACGAAUGAAGGAGGGGGAGGAGAGAUGAAGGAGGAAGACAGAGGAGGAGGAGGGGAAGAGAACAAGAAGGGAGACAGAGGUGGAGGAGUAACUGAUACAACUGGAACCUCUCAGGAUAAAGACAACAGGUCGUCUGGAUGUUUGUUCAGCUGGCUGGAGGAGCGACAGGCCGACAGCAGAUUGGCCAUUGGCGCCAAGAAGGCUCAGUGGAGGAGGGAACUUGAUGAGCAGGUGGCUCUGAAACAGCAGCAGCAGCAGCAUUCAGCUCCUGGCAAACUCCAGAUAUUUCAGGCUGAGGAGGACAGAGAGAGUGUGUUAUCAGUCCAGAGCUCCAUCAGCCACAGAGAGCAGCCUGCGGCCAUCAGAUCCAGCCUCAAACUUGGGGAGGUCACACCAAUGGAGGAAAUGUUGAGCACUGAGAGGAAAGAGGAGCAGAGGAGACGCUGGCUGGAGGAGCUGGACCGACAGAGAGAGGAGACAAGUGAACGCAGGAGACGAGAGAAACUGCUACAGAACCAGACUGAAGACCAUGAGCUCUGGGCCACACACUUUGACUCCCUGCAGAGGAGGCCUCCUGUCCUCACCACAGCUCCAUCAGCUCCAUCAGCUCCACCUCUGGCCCCAUCCAGUGGAUCUGAGCGGGGGGAGUGGGAGCCCUCGUCCAGCCUGUCCUUAGUCUGGGAGGCCACGAGCAGCUGUGGAGCAGAGAGUGUCGUGGGGGCCAGCGUGGAUACGACCUGUGGAUACCCGAGCAGAGCCAGCUAUCUGAGGACCAUGACCGCUCUGCUGGACCCCGUCCAGAUAGAGGAGAGGGAAAGAAGGAGGCUCAAGCAGCUAGAGCAGCAGCGAGCUAUCGAAGCCCAGGUGGAAGAGCGCCGGCAGCAGAGGGAGCGAGAGGAGGCGAGGAGGAGAGAGGAGGAGGAGGAGGAAGAGAGGAGGGUGGCGCUGGAGAGAGAGAUGCUGCAGAAACAGUAUGAGCUGGACACACUGAGGGAGAGGCAGAAGGCGCAGCCAAGCCAUCAGGCAGAGGAGCCAAAGACAGGCCCCGAUGAUGGAGGAUUGCAGGAGACACAGGAGCCCAGCGUUAACUCCACAGUUACCAAACAGGGGGAGCACUUGGAGGAUGAGGCCAACAGUUCAGUCUCCCCGUACAGAGAUACCGCUGUACAGACAGAGGUGCCUCCCUCUCUCCCGCCCGGAGCAGACAGAGUUCAGACCCCCUGUCUGUCUGCUGCUGCUCCUCCAAACUGCAGGAGCCGAGCAGUGAGAACGGGCAAGGAGAACAUCUGUCUGCCAGGAGGAAGAGGAGGAGGAGGAGGAGAUGAUCCAUAUGAAGCAUUUGCGAGGACUGAGAGGAGCAGGAAAGACAAGAGGAGGCCGGAGUGGAACACACAGAGGCCAAGCCGUCGUUACGUUCCGGCCUCGGAGCGUUACCCCGCCGCUCUGCAGAGGAACAGACAGGAGAGUCGACUGAAGAGGCAGGCCGAGCUCCUCGCCCUGCAGGAGAGGACUUGUCUGUCCAAGACUGACCCUCCUCCUCAGCACCAGGAUCCUCGUCUCUGCUCCAACCCGGCACAGACCAGAACCAGUCCCAACAGAAAGGUGGAGACAGCUUCCAGAGGACAGAACAUCUCUGCAGCCGUCAGCAAUGACAGGGGGCGCUCUCCUCCUGUCCCUGCUGUCAGACACAGGGUGCAGGGUCAGCAGGCCUCCCCCUCUCUUCCUCCCCCGGUCCUGGACUUCAUUCCGUACGUCCGGACUGAUGAAGUCUUCAACCUGGACCCGCUGGAGCCUGCAGACACCCCCCCACCUCACACAGACGCUCCUCCUCCUCCUCAGAGCUCGGCGUCUCCUCCCGCUCCCUCACAUCGAGACCCCCUCCUCCACCCCGAGCUGCUUCGUAAAACACACACACACCGCCAGGAGGAGAUCCUGAGAGGCCUGGCUCAGCUGCGACAGGGUUUAUUACAGAAGCAGAGGGAGCUGGAGACCGACCUGAACCCUUUACUGAAGCGGCACGACAACGAGCUACGGCCGCCUUCGGCUACACACCGCAUGUGACCUCUGACCCCUGACAACUGCACUUCACAGUGGGCUACUCUGUGAGCCUCUGAGAAGAGGUGACACCACAGUAUCUGAAUCAGGCGUCGCAGAGAACAUGUAACAUCAAAGGAGGAAGUGAAUUCAGAGGAGCUCGUUCAGUCGAGUGAACGUUAAUGUGCCACAACACGGAGGAGUUUAGCUCAUUAAAGUUCAUGUUUAACUUGACUACCAACAAACAGACUGCAGCAGAUUUUUGGGAGUUUUCAGAUUAAAGUGAAUUUAGCAAAGUCAAGACUGACUGAGCAACAUUUUAUGUGAAGAUUGUAAUUAAAAAAUUGUUUCAAAGCACUUUUCCUAAGAAUGACAAUGUACCAGACAGGUAUUGAGUUUUACCUUUUGGCAACAGAGGGUGCUCCACCACACUCCUUCUCUCUGGAGUCUCAUUCCUGCAGAGAAGCAGAAUCCGCUUAUUUAAAUCAUGAAUGAAAAAGGUGUUUUCCUGUUUCUUCAGCUUCCUGCUGGCCAAGGAGCUUUAUGGUUCUGUGUUGUGGAGUUUUUUUCUGGUUCUAUUGUAUCAGUUUAAUUUUAUUUAUUUCAAAUGUAAUAAAUUGUGAAAAAAGAA